AGAAUGGAUGGGAGAAAUUGCUCCUCCUUGAGUGAAUUCAUUUUAUCAGGAAUCACUAGUAACACUGAUCUCAAAGUGACCCUUUUCACCACGUUCCUACUUGUUUACCUCAUUGAUUUUCUGGCGAACCUUGGAAUGAUCAUUUUAAUUAGAAUUGAUUCCCAUCUCCACACGCCCAUGUACUUUUUCCUCAGCCACCUGUCUUUCUGUGACCUCUGCUAUUCCACUGCAAUUGGCCCCAAGAUGCUGGUGGACCUCUUAGCUCAGAGGAAAUCCAUUUCCACUGCUGGCUGUGCUCUGCAGUUCUUCACCUUAUGUAUGUUUGUAGAUUCCGAGUGCAUGCUGCUGGCAGUAAUGGCCCUGGACCGGUACCAGGCCAUCAGCAACCCCUUGCUGUACUCAGCUCACAUGUCCAGCAGGCUGUGCUCCCUGCUCAUGGCUGGGGUUUACCUGGUGGGGAUGGCAGAUGCUUUGAUAAAUACAGUAUUCGCCUUCCGCUUGUGUUUCUGCGGGUCCAAUGAGAUUAAUCAUUUCUUCUGCGAUGUCCCUCCUCUCCUUCUACUAUCUUGCUCAGACACACAGGUCAAUGAGUUAGUGAUAUUUAUCAUUUUUGGUUUCAUUGAGAUGAGCACCAUUAUAGGAGUACUGGUCUCCUACUGCUACAUCAUCUUAUCCAUCUUAAAGAUCCGCUCUGCUGAGGGAAGAUUCAAGGCUUUCUCCACCUGCGCCUCCCACCUCACUGCCGUUGCCAUCUUCCAGGGAACGCUGCUCUUCAUGUAUUUUCAGCCAAGUUCUUCCUACUCUUUAGAUCAGGACAAAAUGACCUCACUUUUCUACACCCUGGUGAUUCCUAUGCUGAACCCUCUGAUUUACAGCCUAAGGAAUAAAGAUGUUAAAGAGGCCCUUGAAAAGGUGAAAAAGAGAAGGUAUUUUUAA